CAAAAAAAUUCUCCAUCUUGUUUUUCUACUCAUAAUACUGUGCUAAUUGCUGAAUUCAGAAAGUAUUAAGUGUUGUAAUUUAAUUUGAGAUGGCACAAACAUAGUUUUAAACAAUUUAUUGCAUUUGUUUUUUUAUACAAACGGUUUUGCAUUCAACAAGUGUGUCACUUUAUGAGUUAAAAUAAAAUAUUUCUUGCCGUAUAGCCGAAGACAUCAAACAAGUGUUCGCCAGUGACUAAACAAUGAGCUCUCGUCAUAGGGAUAGGAGUCGAUCACGGUCGCGAGAUCGUGAUCGACACAAGGAAAGGGACAAGGGACGAGAUCGUGAUCGUGACAAAGAUAGAGAUCGGGACCGUGAUCGUGAUCGUGAGCGGGAUCGCGAUCGCGAUCGAGAUCGUGACCGUAACCGGGACAGAGACAGGGACAGAGACCGGGAUCGCGACCGUGAUCGCGAAAGACACCGAUCUAAAAGGGAUAAGGAGCGUGAUCGCAGCCGUAGCCGCGAUCGCCACAAAGAAAAAAGGCGUAGUCGCUCCCGCAGUCGUAGUCGAAGUCGUGGAAGAAAGUCUAAGGACAGGGAUGGCACCAUUGCACUUCUGGAUCAGAUGGUGGGGACUACUACCAAAGCUACUGCUCGUCAAGUGGCAGCCCCCACUAGCAUCAACCCUGCAACACAAGCAGCCAUAUUGGCAGCCGCUGCUGUAGCACAGCGGCGCAUGGCGGCGCCCGUGCAGCCCGCCGCCGCCGCCGCCGCCGCGCUGUCGGCCGCCACCGCCAUCCCGCCGCCCACCUCCGUGCAGCAGAAGCUGGAGAUGAUGCAGGCGCGCACCGAGUCGCGCUACCGCGACAAGCCGCCCUUCGACCACCACCCCGACGACGACAAGGACGACGGCCAAGGCCCGCCCGGCGAGACGGCGGCCGAGCGCCGCGCGCGCCGGCGCCGCACGCGCUGGAUGGGCUCGGAGCACGACAAGACCUUCAUCCCCGGCCUGCCCACCGUGCUGCCGUCCACCCUCACGCGCGAGCAGGAGGAGCAGUACCUCCUGCAGCUGCAGAUCGAAGAGGUGAGCCGCAAGCUGCGCUCCGGCGACCUGGGCAUCCCCGCCAACGUGGACGAGAGGUCUCCGUCGCCGGAGCCCAUCUACUCCACGGACGGCAAGCGCCUCAACACGCGCGAGUACCGCACGCGCCGCAAGCUGGAGGAGGAGCGCCACCGCCUCGUGCAGCGCAUGCAGCAGAUCAACCCCGAGUUCAAACCGCCGCCCGACUACAAGCCUCCCAUCAUCCGCGUGCACGACAAGGUGAUGAUUCCGCAGGAGGAGCACCCCGACAUAAACUUCGUGGGGCUGCUCAUCGGCCCUCGAGGGAAUACGCUUAAAGCGAUGGAGAAGGAGACGGGCGCAAAAAUAAUUAUACGAGGCAAGGGCUCCGUGAAAGAGGGGAAAGUGGGGCGCAAGGACGGCCAGCCGCUACCCGGCGAGGACGAGCCGCUGCACGCCUACAUCACCGCCACCAACGCGGACUGCGUCAAGAAGGCUGUCGAGAAGAUAAAGGAGGUGAUCCGCCAGGGCGUAGAGGUGCCCGAGGGACAGAACGACCUGCGCCGCAUGCAGCUGCGGGAGCUGGCGCAGCUCAACGGCACGCUGCGGGAGAGCGACGCGCCCCGCUGCGCCAACUGCUCCGCCGCCGACCACAAGACCUGGCUCUGUCCCGACAAGCCGAACGUGACCAACAGCAUCGUGUGCUCGUCGUGCGGCGGCGCGGGACACAUCGCGCGGGACUGUCGCGCGCGCCGCCCGGGACACGCGCCGCCCGCCGCGCACGACAAGGCCAAGAUCGACGAGGAGUACAUGUCGCUGAUGGCGGAGCUGGGCGAGGCGCCGCCGGGGCUGGGCGCGGGCCCGCUGCGGCGCCCCGCGCACUCGCCCUUCGCGGCCGCGCACGCGCCGCGCGCCAUCAUGCCGGCGCCGGGUGAGUGCGCCUCCGGGCCGGCGGGACUGGCCUCGCGGGCGGAGACUUUACCGACUGUUCGUGCAGGAGGCGGCCCGCCGUCGCUGCCGCCGGCGCCGUUCCCGCACGCGAUGCCGCACGCGCCGCAGCACGCGCCGUGGCUGGGCGCGAGCGCGGGCGCCAGCGUGAGCGCGGCGCAGCCCCCGCCGCCCGGCAGCGCGCCGCCCUUCCCGCCGCCGCCGCCCCCGCACCAGGGAGACAAUCCAAUGGGUCCUCCGUCCAACGGUCCCGGCGGCCCGCACAUGCCUCCGCCUCCGCCGGGCAUGCUGGGCAUGGGCGCGUGGCGCGGCGCGUUCGGGCCGCCGUGGGCCGCGCCGCCCGCCGCCUUCCUGGCGCCGCCGCCGCCGCCGCCGCCCGUGUCGUCGUCCUAGCCGCCGCCGCCCGACGCCGGACUCGUAAUCGUUUCCCUUCGAGGCCGACGGAGGCUCGACCUCGAUCGCGUUUUACUUUUCCGAAUUCAAAUACUUAUUUUUAGCGAGUUGUGGUUUAUAACGAAGAGAAAACGGAUA